GCUUUGCUUUUACACGCCCACUAUUGCGAGGAGACAAGUCGAUUUGACUUCGAAACAACGCGGCACCUUUACUCGGACAUUUGCGAGGCAUUCCCUGGUUGCGAAAAGGCUCACUUCCGCCUUGCCCACUAUGUAGAUGAGGCGCGGAACCAGUCCGGAAAUCAGCAUGAUGUAUUGCUCAAAGUCGCUUUGGAAAAUUAUGGUCAGGCUUUGGCCUGUGGAAGUCAAUUCAUUUUCCAGUCUAUGCCUCGUUUUCUUUCCCUCUGGCUUGAUUAUGGUGCGGAGGUGGCGAAGAUGCAACAACGCCAACAGCAGGCCUCAGCUACGUCCAUCGGUCGCCGUGGCACCAAUCAAAAAUCUACUGAUGGCAAUACGUUGGACACCUUCAACGAAGUUCAAAAUUUGAUACGACAAAGCCUGUCAAAAAUUCCUCCGUUCCAGUUUUACACAGCAAUUGGACAAAUUUUGUCUCGUGUUUGUCACGAGCAUCCGGCGGUCAUUGCAAUUCUAAUUGAUCUUAUUGCUCGCAUUGUUUUGGCCCACCCACAGCAAACUGUUUGGUCCGUUGUGUCACUGCACGAGGACUCAUCAAAAACCACUGUACAGGUUUAUCCUGGCAAGUUUUGUCUGCGUGAAAUUAUGCUUGGUUCUCAGAUUUGA